UCCGGCCCCGCCCCGGCCGGCUCGCGGACGGUGGCCGGCAGGCUGUGGUGCCUCCUGCGCGCAGGGCGAUGCAGCUGCCGCCCGCGCUGCACUCCCGCCUGGCGGGGGGACCCGGGGCGGCCGAGCCGCUGCCGGUGGAGCGGGACCCCGCGGCCGGAGCCCCGCCCUUCCGCUUCGCGGCGCGCCGGGUACGCUUCCCGCGGGAGCACGAGUUCUUCGAGGAUGGGGACGUGCUGCGACACCUCUACCUUCAGGACGUGCUCACACAGGUGACAGAGGCGCCGGAGAGGCCCAGGGUGCCUGAGUUUACCUGUCAGGUGGCAGGCUGCUGCCAGGUGUUUGACAGCCUGGAGGACUAUGAGCACCACUACCACACUCUGCACAGAAACGUCUGCUCCUUCUGCAGACGGGCCUUCCCCUCAGUGCACCUGCUGGACGUCCACAUCCUGGAGUGGCAUGACUCACUGUUUCAGAUCCUGUCCGAAAGGCAGGACAUGUAUCAGUGCCUGGUGGAAGGCUGUGCAGAGAAGUUCAAGACCAGCAAAGACAGGAAAGAUCACCUGAGUCCGUCAGAACAUCCUGGGAAUCGUGUCGAAGUGUUACCAGCCCAGCCACACCCGGGGCCGCUGUACGAGCAUCCGCAGAAGCUCCGAGGGAUGACGGGGAGCAAUCAGGAGGGGAUGCCAUGGAAGUCUGCUCUGAACACGCGGCCUCCCUCCCGGAGCCUGUGGGCAAGCGGCGGACCUCCAGCCACAGAAUACCUUCUACCAUCUGUUUCGGUCAAGGUGCAUCACGAGGAUUUAAAAGCACCAAGAAAAAAAAGGGACACCAGUGACAACGUGGACGGAGAGCCACAGAACUCUGAGCGAGCGGUGGCCUUUCGCAGGAUGGGGCGUCAGUGUUGCACUUUCUCUCGCCUUCUGGCGCGGCCGCCCUCAGACUCAGGCCUUUGCCACCCUCCAUCUCAGCCCAGCUCCGUGUCGCUGAACAACUGUGUGACAGCAGAAGCAGUGACAGACCCACGGAUUCCCGACACACGCUCUGGUGAAUGAAAUGGCCUGCCAUGCCACCUCCCUGUGCAGGGCCGUCCUGAGGAUGUGCCGUAUAAAUACGUAGAUAUUUGCCAUAACGGUCUCCAGCCGUGACUUCUCUGUGGUCGAGCUGCGUAGGGAAAUGGGCAGCAGCUCUCCGUGGGGACUCUGUUUGCAGGGCUCGGUUUUCGGAAAGAUUUACAAAGCCACAGAGCCUCUGGGGGGUGAGGAUGUAGCACCAGAGUCGCUGACGCUCCUGGCUCAGCAAGAGGUCCCAGGGCCGCCUUCCCCAGCGGCCAUCAGCUCAGAGCUGACGGUGGGGUGAGAAGCCAAGGGGCUCCUGCACCGCAGGUGGGGUGUUGGGCUCUGGGAGAACCCUGCGGCCAGGGCCGGCCUCCCCGUGAAUUGAGAAUCUGGAAAUUAACCCACAUACUUGUGCUCAACUGGUGGGGAAAGAGUAGUCUUUUCAACAAGUGGUACUGAGAUAACCGGACAUCCACACGCAGAAGAAAGUGGUAUAUGCGUAAGAGAUGGAAAUACACGUCCCCCCAAAAACUUGUGCACCAAUGCCUGCAGCAGCAUCAUUCACAAUGGCCAAAAGAUGGAAACAACUCACAUGUCCCUCAAGUGAGGAACGCGUAAGCAAAACGUGGUGUAUUCAUAAAAUGAAACACUGGCCAGAAAAGGGAAUGAACCACUAACACUUACUACAACAUGGACGAACCUUGAAAGCAUCAUGCUGAGUGAACAAAGGACACACACACACACACACACACACACACACACACGGCCUGUAUUCUAUGAUUCCAUUUCUAUUCCAUUUCUAGAAACGCCCAGUGUGCGGACAUGUACAGAGAAAGGAGGUUACUGGUUCUUAGGGCUGGGGAUUAUGCGGAAAUGGGGGAAUAGCCAGAAAAUACAGGGUUUUUUUCUGAGAUGAUGGAAAUGCUCUGAAGUUCCCCGUGGUGAAGGCUGCACACAUCUGUGAAUCUGCUGAAAAGCGUUGAAUCCUACACUUUAGAUGGGUGAACCGUAUGGCGUGUGAGUUUGUCUCCAUAAAGCUGUUUGAAAGAACAAACAUGUACUCGGCUGGCUCAGGCGGAAGAGCCUACGACUCUUGAUCCCUGGUUGUGAGUUCAAGUCCCGCAUUGGGUAUAGAGAUUUAAGUAUAAAAAUUAAAAGUCUUACAAGUAAGUAAAACAAAGAAAUCGCGAGGCAAUCCGGGAAACCUGGACGCUGCCGGACACUCGACAGGCACCAGCGCUAUUCUGUGGUGGUCAUGCUGCGGCUGUUUUCCCAAGUAGUCUCUAGAAGGUAUUUCCCGAAAUAUUUGUGAAGGAAAUGACAUGAUGUCUGGGGUCUGCUUCAGAAUGAUCUGGGAGGGAGGACUGUUUGGGGCUGAGAUGAAACCAGGCUGACCCUGGGUAGAUGGCUGCUGAAACCAGGAGCCAGGGGCACAAUGACCCUGACCGUGCACACGCACUCGCCCCCUUCGACAAGUAAAGUAAAAAGGAGGAAAAGGAAGCCAAGGCAGGUGUGGACAGGACCAGCCUCAAAGACCAGAGCUCCGGGUCAUCAUGUCCCGAGGGCAGCCCCUCACACUCCCGCAAGCACAGCAACUGGUGAGAAGCUCACACCCACCCAAACCUUGUCCCCGGCUGCUCGGAAGGAGCAUGAGGCAAACAGCUUUCUUUCUGGACUCUGAAAGAACCGAGAUCAGGCCCUUGGGCGGGCAUAGUGAGUGCUUACAGGGGAAGUGCACUGAGCCCCCUGGCGAGUGGGAGGGAGCAGCACCGACCCUGGAGAGAUGAUGAGGCAGCCUCUCCAUGAAGUGGUCCAGUUAGACCACAGCAGGUGGGCGGGCAGGUGGGCAGUGGGCAGGCAGAUGGGGGGGGGGGGAGGGGUGCCCCAGAGGCUUCCUGCGGCACUGCAAAGCAGGCCAGGCUUCCAGAGGACAGGACAUCACCCUGCCACCUCUCCCCAAGCAGAUCACCUUACAUGUUUCUCCUGAUUUGCUGUGGACUUCAUGUUACGGUAUUUUGCUGUACGUAAGUUCUUUACGGUUAUGUGGUCAGUCUAUCAUUUAUUAUCUUUAUGAUUUUUUUUUAAUUUAAUGUGUCAAAAGCUCCCCCCUCCACAGGUUUAUUCUAGGAGUUCACACUUGUCUCAACACUGGAGAAUCUGUUACUGUAAUACACUAUGUUAACAGCCUGAAGGGAAAAUCAUAUCAUUUCAAUAUGUGCAGAAAAAGCAUCGGACAAAAGACAACACUCAUGGAGGAAAAAACUUCGUAUUAACUAGUUGCGGAAUGGAACCACAGUCACCUGGAAGAGGUAUUUUGAGACUCCCACCACACCUAGCAUGCUUGUGGUGGGGUUAAAAAUACUUCCUUUAGGGGCGCCUGGGUGGCUCAGUCGGUUGAGCCUCCGACUUUGGCUCAGGUCAUGAUCUCGCGGUCUGUGAGUUCGAGCCCCGCAUCGGGCUCUAUGCUGACGGCUCGGAGCCUGGAGCCUGCUUCAGAUUCUGUGUCUCCCUCUCUCUCUGACCCUCCCCCGUUCAUGCUCUGUCUCUCUCUGUCUCAAAAAUAAAAAAAAAAAAUACUU